AUGCCCGCUACGGACGAAGGAGUGUGGGCGGGGGAUUCGGGACCCCCUGUUGUGUGGGUGUUAGCAGCACGUGCGCCUGUCGUGGCACGUGUUGUGGUGCACCAGAUUGUGCACCUUAUUGAUGCCAUUCCCCUCCGGGGGAUGCCGUGGGAGUACUCCACCAACCUCUGGGAGCACACGCACAAGGGAACGGUGAAGGUCCCGGUCAGGGGCAGCAACUGGAAGGACAUUCCACGACGCAUCGUGGAAGAAGAAGUGCAGCGAGAGAUCACUCGGGAGGUGGCGGCUCUGGCGGGGGGCGGGGGGGGGCGAGAGUACGUGACGGCGUUGCGCGAGGCCGUCCGACUUCAAGGGCACGUGCUGACGCGGCGGUCGCGAUGUGCCGAUGUGCGGAACGAAGAGGACCCCGUGCUGUGGGUGUAUCGUGAGGCUCUUGGUUCGGACAUGGAUGUGCUUGGAAGAUGUCUCAUUGAUGCCGGGGUGAACACCCCGGACAUCAAGGUGCUCACGGCGCUGGCGAUUCCAAGAACACGUGGAGGGGAGCUGGUGGCCAAGGGCACAUUUGUGAAGGCCAGCCCAUCUGAGAACUGGUUCUCAGAUGUGGCAGUGAAGGCUGAGGAGAAGAAAGAGAAGGAGAAGUCGAAGGAGAAGGAGUGGUACGCAAGGUGCUUGUGCGUGUUCCGUGCGAAGAACGCAGAAGGAGAGGAAGGGGCGUACGUGUACGUCAAGUAUUAUGAGGCGGCGGGCCUAUGCCCAGUCACUACAUGUGUGCAGCUGACGCCUGGGAGGGUGGACAGCCGGUACGCUGUGGUGGACGUGGAGUGCAUCAAGCGGGUGGUGCACGUGUGCAAGCCUUACGUCAACAAGAAGGUGCUGCUGCUGAACAAGUUCCUGUUGUGCGAGUAG